GCUUUCGGCACCCCCCGAACUAUUCUAGAACGGAGGAGGGCCAGCAACCGAAAGCAAAUUUAGAUUACAUUAGGGUAGGGCAUUGUAGCCUGUUCCUGCUCUGCUGCCAAUCAGCAGUUAUUGCUGGCCUGCCCAGACGCUCCGGCUGGUGACGCCUAGUUCAUACUACGCCAUACAAAAAGUAGUUCCUCAAAACAACUCUUCAAAUGGGCUUCUAUCACCUGUUCCACACAAAACCAAUGAGGAAUAAUAAUGAUUAUUCAUUUUUGAAGAUUUAUUCAGCUUCUCCUAGAGUCUUACCGCAAUUUUGUUCGAAAAGUAAUUGUAUCGAUUGGUGCUGAUACACCAACACCGAACAAAGGCCGUCAGUUUCGAGCUGGCAGCUGGCGGUUCAACAACAUUGAGGUUAGAGUGUCGAAAGUGUCUAUUUGUGUCAUCGUUGUAAGUUUACUCAAAGCAGUGGCCAUGAAAUAAUGUCAUCGUCUCCCAAGAGAAUUAAAGAGGAAUACAUUUUGCCUACGCCGACGUUAUCACCGCCUCCAACACCUAGCGAGGAGAACUGCAAGCCGUCCUUACCGUCUCCUUUGGCGCUGUUGGCUGCCACGUGCAGUCGAAUCGGGGGAGUAGCAGUGCAGUCACAGCAGCCGCAAGCAGGCGAUAAGCUGCAGCAGCAACAGCCGCAGCCGCAACAGUUGCGUGUAUCGGCAGCGCUGCUGCAGCAGCUGGCGGCGGCGGCGGACGGUGGGGGCGGGCAGGGGGGUGGUGGCCCCCCCUCGCAGCCCAGUGCCAGUCCGCAGCCGCCCCCGCAGCCACAGGUCAUCACUUUGGCCCAGCUGCAGAACCUGCUGCCUCUCCAACAGCAGCAACAGGAGAUCAAGUCAUUCUCAACUGCUCCCACUGUACUCUCGGUUCAGGGCCUACAGCCCGCACAGUUUGUGCAGAGCAGUCAUCAGCAGCAGCAACAGCAGCAGCAGACGUCACAAGGCAAUGUAUUCAACGUGAUGCAGCCGAUGCAAACGGUCACCAUCGAUGGGCAGGAGGCACUCUUCAUUCCCACGCAGAACACGGCACUUCAGACGCUGCUAACUCCAUCUGGCCAGAUUAUCAGAGCACCAACCUCUGUUCUGCCCUCCAGCUUACUUCAAAAUGUUGGACAAACGAUACAGUUCCCUGGAGGGCAAAACCUUCAAGUGCGGCCUGCCACCAUCCCGCAAGUGGUCCAGUUCCCGUCUCUCCAGCAAACCAUUCCAGUCCAGGUGCCUAUUUCAUCUGGCAAUGGCCAAACUAUCUACCAGACAGUGCACUUUCCACUCCAAUCUUUCGCCUCAUCCAACGGCCAUGUACAAAUGUUACCACAAAUUUCACAGUUGCCGCAGAUGGCGCAUAUAGUGACGCCGUCAGGCCAAGUGCAGUUGGCUCAGAUAGCACCAACCGCCGCCAGCCAACCACAGCAGAUCAUGGUGCAGCAGCAGCCGCCCCCGCAACCACAACCACCCCCACCUGCCGCCUCCACCUCCGCCACCUCCAGCACCUGGAGCACCACCACCGUCUCCACGCCUAGUGUCACUGUCCAGACGGUUUCAUCUCCUUCAGUAGUUAACAGCAUUGAGAGUGGAACAUCUAUUCAGGGGCAGAACGGACAAAGUCUGCUUCUUCAACAGACUUCUCUUCCUCAACAGAUAUCGUUAAAUACUGUCGGAAAUCAACCUCAGGUGACUGUGAUUCCUGCCGCGAGUUUGGCAAAUCUUGUAAAUAACGCCAAUGGAUUACGAGGAAAUUCCGUUGUACAGUUGCCGAACAUGCAAACGGUUAAUGUGCCUGGACUUGGCAACUUCCAACUGAUACCUGCGAGUGCGCUGUCUGUGUCAACUCAGAAUCAACUCGGCCUCACUCAAGCCGUCUCUUCGCCUGCUAACUCAGCACCCCAACUCAUCCAAAGCUUACCUCCCAACGUCCAAAUCGUCAGUGCGGCGACUGCGCAGCAGCUGCAACAAGAGCAGAGUGAGCAGGGCCGCUGGCAGGUGGUCAACUUGCAGCAGCAGCAGCCGCAGCAACAGCAUUCAGUUCAGCAGCAGCAGCAGCAGUCAGCUGGCAGCAACUCAGCCAACGAGGAGGAUUCGGGUGACGAGAAGCCCAGGACGCGGCGUGUUGCCUGCACCUGUCCCAACUGCACCGAAGGCGGAGAAAGGACUGUCGAUAAAAAGAAGUUGCACAUCUGUCACGUACCUGGAUGCAACAAGAUCUACGGGAAAACGUCACACCUGCGCGCGCACCUCAGGUGGCACACGGGCGAAAGACCUUUCAUCUGCAACUGGAGCUACUGUGGCAAGAGGUUCACCAGGUCUGACGAGCUUCAGAGGCACAGGAGAACACACACGGGAGAGAAGCGAUUCAUGUGCACAGAGUGCAACAAGAAGUUUAUGCGAAGUGAUCACCUUUCCAAACACAUUCGCACACAUCAGAAAACUAGAAUUAUUGAUGAUCCUGCUCCUAAUGGGAAAGAUGUUUGGAUGGAGCCUUCCAAACCACCUCCACAAUUCGAACAAAUCUAUAUUCAGGAAGUUGCCACUUCCACCCAAUCUGUUUCACAAGAGGAAAGCUCAUCUGGGGAUGAAAAGAUGAUGAUAACCAUUCAGACAGAACCUGAACAAUCUGAUCUUGCAAUAGUUGACACUCUUGAAUCGCCCAUAUCUAACUGAUGAACAUUUUGAGAUGUAGGCGCUCCUAAGACUUCUUGUUACCACAGAUAAUUUCGAAAUCCAUCGACCAGAAGAAUAGCCAAGUUUAAACAACUUUUUGAUUUUGUACUUUUGUAUAAAUUACCAUGUAAAUUUGUACAAUAUAGAAAAGUAAGGUAUUUAUCAACACUAGAUUGGUUAAAAUUUAUCUGAUGUCGCAACCAAUGAGAAAUUAUUGGUUUUUAUCAAGCUGAUUUUGUAACGUUUAAUUGCAUAAAGGUUUUAUGGUGCUUCUUUAGUAUUAACAUCAUAAUUUUUUAUGACUAAUGUUGGUUGAUAUUGAUAUUACUGUUACACUAAGUUUUGUUAAAUUCGCCCUUAAUUGUGCCUAUUCGUUUAUUAAUGAUAUUAUUGUUGACAAUUAAUUUAAUAUAUUCACUUUAGUGGUAGCCUCUAAAGGAAUGAGUUUUUCGAGAUUGAUUGAAAACAUGUCAGUGUUGAUAAUAUAUUGUCUUAGUAUCACAUCUUAAGGUAUCUGACUAGUCAUUUGCUGUUAAGAGGUUCUGAAGAGUACCCACCAAGAGUCAUCAGGGGUCCAGCCAUACUUUUCCAAUACAUUUAUCAUUUACUAUGAUACAAUGCUAAACCCUUGGUGGUAUUCUGCAAGGCAGAGACAUGUAAAAAGUACAUCCUGCCCAUUAUUAAACCAAUAAGAAGUACUCAUAGAAGAUAAAAUAAACAUUUUAUACGUUACAAAUUGUGAAAUGUAAAGGUUCAAUUCUAAUUGAUAUUACAGAUUGAUAUUAUUUUGAUUGCUCUGAUAUUGAUCUCUUUUAUCUUCAAUUGUUAUCUGUUCGAAAAAUAAUAUAAGAUUUUCUCUGAUAUUAUUGUUUGAACGUAGUUUUAGAAUAGAAAGAAUUAGAUUCAUCAAGCAGUAUCAAUACAUUAAGUGUAAUUGGUGAAUCCAAAAAUAGAUUUCUUAGUCUUCAAAACUUGCUUGCGGUCAGAGCAUUAUUCUGAAAGUCGCAACAUGACAUUAGAGAGAAUAACAAAAGAACUUCAAUUAUAUAAUUAUUUUUUAACGAAAAUCCUAAAUAAAUGCUGCAAAUCACCCCGAAGACCUCUGCUACAGCAGACAUUGACAACAGGGCUAACAGCUAGAUGGAAAUUCGAUGAGAACUACUAUCCAAAAAUUAGUUGCCAGCCCGGGAAUCGUACCCGGUACCUCCCAAUUGCCAGUCAGGAAUGCUUACCCUUACACCAAACUGACAAUCUGUGGAUAGCAGCGCUCAUUUUAUACGAAGCCAAAGCGGCCAACCAGUUACAGAUGGAAUAAAUGCAUUCUCUAUUCCAUCUGUAACUUCAAUUAUUAUUAUUAGUGAGCAAGAAUGUUUUAUUUAGUUUGAAAUAAAAUCAUUUUUUUAAAUUCAUUUUCUGGUUACAGCUUGAGAAGCAGAUAAUAUUUUUAUUUAUAAUACUCCAAAUAUUUGUAUUUCAAAUUUUUAUUCAAAUAUAUCUAUAGAAGAAGACUGUUUGAUUAUAUAAUUUGUAAAUAGUUAUGUAAUUCGUUUAAUAGAAGAAUUUAUCAAAGUUUUUGUAUUAGUUUGUAGUCAAUUGUUCAAAUUAAUAUUACAAAAUAAUAGCUAAAACAAUUAAUGAAAAAGUGA